AUGGAAAAACAAAUAAGAAAUAAUCGUGAACGUGAUCCAUCACCACCAUCAUUACUUAUUGCUGCUCAUUGUUCAACAAUACGACGUAAACCAGAUCGUCUUGAUACAAAAGAAUUAUCAGCUAUAUUAGAUGAUCUUGUACGUGAAUUAAACUCAAGUCCAUUACGUUUAACAACAUAUUUAAAUUCUUUAAAUGAAUCAGUUAAAACAUUAAAUUCAACAUUUCCACCAGCAUUAUUAAAAAUUAGUUCACAUUAUUUUUUUACACUUGUUCGAAAUAGAAUACGAAAUCUUUUAGAACAAUUAUGUACAUCGAGUCGUUUAAAUGAACAAGAAAUUUAUGUCCUACGUAAUUGUGCUAUAUUACUUCAUGAUUUAACUGAAAGAGUAGAUGAUGUUGCAAAAAUUUUACAUUGGGUAACUGAUUCAACAUUUCUUGAUUCUUUAGGAAAUUGUUUAAAUUAUAUAAAUAAAACAUUUAAAUCAAAUCCACAUAGAAAUAUACUCAAACAAAUAAUACGUUUAAUAAGUUUAUUUUGUAAUAUUCAAGAACGUUUACCAAUACCUUUACAUCAAGCUUUAUUUGAACGAUUACUUCAACCAACAAUAAAUUGUUUAACAUCACCACAUUAUGUUAAAUUAUUUCAAAAUUUAAAAGCAACUACAAAUCGUCUUACAGAAGAACAAAAAUUAUAUCUUAUACGAUGUCCUCAUUUUCUUACAAGUUAUAAUGGACCAUAUAUAGAAAAAGCAAUUGAACAAAUUUUAGAAAAAAUGUUACCACGUUAUGUCUCAAUUCUAAAUAAACAUAUGAAAACAAUUAAAGAAUGGAAUCGUCCAAUGAUGCGUGCUGUACAUAAUCUUAUAAUAACUAUUAUUUAUGCUGAAGAUUAUUUUUCAGCACAUAUAAAUAAUGAAGCAUUUCGAUCACUUAUCGAUCAUCUUUUACAACUUCUUAAUGAAUCUGUAUUAAUUAAUAAAAUAAAUGCCGAAUCAAAAAAUAUGGAAUCAUUAUUAAUCGAUGCAACACUAAUUGUUUUUAGUAUAUUAAUUUAUGAACCUGAUGCAUUAGAAUAUUUAAAACAAUGUAAAUCAGCAGACAUAUUUCGAUCAUUAGCAACCGUACCAUCUGAAACUAUUGUUAUGAAUGCUUACAUGUUGCUUACAUAUACGAUGUCUGAUAGUGAUAUUAAAACAGCACAAGAUGAUUUACCUAAAUUACUUUCGACAACUAUUAGUUUAUUACAAAAAGCAAUUAAAACUCGUCAUGAAUCAAAUAAUAAUCAAAAUCUUAAUCAAGAUAAUAUCGAUCGUAAUAUAUUACAACUUGUUGAAACAUUAAAAGGUUUAUCACAAACUGAACAAGUUAGAGAAGAAAUAUUAAAACAAGAAUUAGUACCUAUUAUAUGUGACUGUUAUGAUAAAUUAUAUGGAUUAUCGAAAGAAGUAUUACUUGAAUUUAUUUGGACAUUAUCAUUUAAUGAACAAAUAAAUCAACAAUUAAGUGAAUCUCCACAAUUUAUUCAAUCAUUACGAAGUAUACCAAAACCUAAUGAUGAUCAUGCUCAACAGAGUACAAUGCGUCGUUCACAUAGUUAUAAUAGUCUUCGAAAUAGUAGUUUUACAGUAUCAAAUACAGCAACAAAUCAUGGAAUACGAAGAAUGGCAGAUGGAGUUCUUUGGAAAGUUGUUACAGAACCUCAAUUUCAAAAAAUAUAUGAAGACAAAAUGGAAAAACAAAAUCAUACAGAUAAUCCAUCAGUGCAUCAAAAAUAUAAAUAUGAUAUAAUGAUGUCAUAUACUCAGAAUGAUAGAGACAUUGUUUAUCGUAUUCAACAAUAUCUAUCAGAUCAUGGACUUCAUAUCUGGUUCGAUCGAAGCCGUUAUCAAAAGAAAGGUAAAAUGAUUUGA